CCAGCCGCGGGCUGAGCUCGGAGCCGCGGCGGGCGCGGGAAGCGGGCCGGGGCGCGAGCCGAGCGCAGCCUCCCUCGCCAGCCGGGCAGAGCGGGCACUGCGGGCGGAGCGGGACGAGCGUGCCGGCGGGCGGAGCGGGGCACGGCGCGCCGGGGCCGCCGCCGGGGGGGAUGCAGCUGCCUCCCCGGGCCGGCGUGUAGAGAGGGCGGGUCCCCGGCCUCGGGAGCGCGGCGGUGGAGGGGACAGAGGCGGCGGCCAUGGCGACCCCCGGCAACCUGGGGUCCUCCGUCCUGGCGAGCAAGACCAAGACCAAGAAGAAGCACUUCGUGGCGCAGAAAGUGAAGCUCUUUCGGGCCAGCGAUCCGCUGCUCAGCGUCCUGAUGUGGGGAGUAAACCACUCGAUCAAUGAACUGAGCCAUGUUCAAAUCCCUGUUAUGUUGAUGCCAGAUGACUUCAAGGCCUAUUCAAAAAUAAAGGUGGACAAUCACCUUUUUAACAAAGAAAACAUGCCGAGCCACUUCAAGUUUAAGGAAUACUGCCCGAUGGUUUUCCGUAACCUGCGGGAGAGGUUUGGAAUCGAUGAUCAGGAUUUCCAGAAUUCCCUGACCAGGAGUGCACCCCUUCCCAACGACUCCCAGGCCCGCAGCGGAGCCCGGUUCCACACGUCCUACGACAAGAGGUACAUCAUCAAGACCAUCACGAGCGAAGAUGUGGCCGAAAUGCACAACAUCCUAAAGAAGUACCACCAGUAUAUAGUGGAAUGUCAUGGGAUCACCCUUCUCCCCCAAUUCCUGGGCAUGUACCGGCUUAAUGUUGAUGGAGUUGAAAUAUAUGUGAUUGUCACAAGAAAUGUGUUCAGCCACCGUUUAUCUGUAUAUAGGAAAUAUGACUUAAAGGGCUCUACAGUGGCUAGGGAAGCAAGUGGCAAAGAAAAGGCCAAAGAACUGCCAACUUUAAAGGAUAAUGAUUUCAUUAACGAGGGUCAAAAGAUUUAUAUUGAUGACAAUAACAAAAAGGUAUUCCUGGAAAAACUGAAGAAGGAUGUCGAGUUUCUUGCCCAGCUGAAGCUCAUGGACUACAGCCUCCUGGUGGGAAUCCACGAUGUGGAGAGAGCCGAACAGGAAGAAGUGGAGUGUGAGGAGAAUGACGGAGAGGAGGAGGGGGAGAGCGACGGCGCCCACCCUGUCGGGACCCCGCCCGACAGUCCUGGAAAUACGCUCAACAGCUCACCGCCCUUGGCUCCCGGGGAGUUUGAUCCAAACAUUGAUGUUUAUGGAAUUAAAUGCCAUGAAAAUUCGCCUAGGAAAGAGGUGUACUUUAUGGCAAUUAUUGAUAUUCUGACUCAUUAUGAUGCAAAAAAGAAAGCUGCCCACGCUGCAAAAACUGUUAAACACGGCGCUGGUGCGGAGAUCUCCACCGUGAACCCAGAACAGUAUUCCAAGCGCUUUUUGGACUUUAUUGGCCACAUCUUGACGUAACGUCCUGCAUGGCCGAAGACGGACGUGAGCGUGGGGAGGACAGAGGUGGCUUCGGCACAGGAAAAAUGAAAACCAAACUCAGUGAAGCACACCUCCUCGUUUACAUCUUCAGGCCAAGAUGACUGAUUUGGGGACUACUUGCUUUAACAGCUACCUGAUAUUUCCCAGCAUCACUCUAGCUAUUUCUGACUUGGGUGUGUA